AUGGGGCAUCAAAUAUAUAAAUGUGUGUCUGUUGCUAUGAAAAUAGACUACAACGUUUCGGGAAUAUUAAUGUUAAGUGAUGACGUGUUAAUUAAUUCGUGGAACGUUUGGAAUCUACCUCCAGACAAGCCGUGGACAGGACAGUUAUAUCGUCUGCGACUUGGUGAGCGAAAUAGUUGGGGCAACUGGCAACAAUGGUUCGGUGAAAGAGCAUUUACUAGUGCUUGGAAUGAGAUCAGUUCUCAUCAAAAACAUCAACAUGCCCAAAAGAUAUCACCCGAAUAUCAAACAGAUUAUUUACAAUUUGAAAAUCGUUUAAAUAUAUUAGGUAACUGUACUAAAUGUGUUGUUUAUGGUUUUUCAGAUAUAACAUACUUCCCUAGAACAAUGAACAAAGAUUUUAUAUAUUAUGCUGAUAUAUUUGCUAAACAUAAAUUCUUUCUAGAAAUAGCUAUACCUGUUUUGAUUGUUGGUUUGACAUCACGUGAUAAUAUUUUUAUGAUAGCUGGGUCUUAUCUCUGGGGUCAAGAGCGAAAUCAUUAUCAAAACUUCUAUAAUACCAGUCAUCUAUUUUUUCAUCCAUUUAAAUGGAGUGUUGAAUUGAACAAAGAUGAAGGAAGACAAUUUUUAUGUGAGGAAUAUUUUCCUUAUUUGUGA